CUGACGAUGGGAACGAUGACUACUCUCCUCCUACUGGGCUGCCUAUCCAUGGCCUUACCAUACACUGGGUGUGGUGAGCCGGUAUCUCCGUUUAAUGUCCUGAAAGAUAGAGUGGACUGUAUGGAAAAGCAGCUGGGCAAGAUUGUAACCCCGGAAGAGGCCCUCAGUGCAACAAAUGCAAAACUGAAGUUGCAGGUAGCAAGAGUAGACUCACUGAGGCAAGAGAAUGAAGGUACAUCUAAUAAGGUAGCAGCUCUGGAGGCCGAGCUCAAUGCUACAGAGGAAGACCUGGAGGCGCAGAAAGUUGAAGUGGGUAGACUGAGAGGCUCGGAAGGAAACCUGAACUCUCUAGAGCAGCAGCAGCUGGAUGGACAAAGAGGGUUGGUGGCCAGGCUCAAUGCCACGAAGUCAGAGCUGGAAGCUGAAGUGCAGGAGCUGAAGAGAGACAACAGAGCAAACGUGGCGUUGAAAGGAGUGGCCGCUCAGUCAUCUCUAUAUGGAAUCGGUGAAGCUUCAAAUGCCAUUGAUGGGAAUAGAGAACCUGAAUAUAACAAACGAUCCUGCAGCCACACUCAGGAUGACACCAACCCCUGGUGGAGAGUGGACCUGCUGGAUCUGUACAGAGUGACAGCUGUCACCAUCACCAACAGAGGAGAUGUUGUUCCUGAGAGACUUGAUGGUGCUGAGAUCCGCAUCGGUAACUCACUGGAGAACAAUGGCAUCAACAACCCCAGGUGAUACGU